AUGGAUUACUGCGUAAAGGCAUUGAUGCUUCAGAACUCUUUGAUCCAAGUGCGUUUGGUGAAGGAAGUGGUUUCGCGUGGUCGAUUUCGCCCCCGUUUUGGACGAGGGAGGGUGCCGGUUGGCGUAACCCUGACCCCGGAUUAUGUUUUGAAGGGUCACAUUUCGCGCAGGCUUGCCCAUGCAAAGAAUUAUCUGGAGGACCGCAACAGCUCAUCGGUGUAUUUUGCAGUGUUCAUGGAGCACUUAGGGUUCAACAGUCCUGGGGGUUCAGGGUUUAACGUCAUGGAGCUCUGCUGGGAUGCACGGCCCGCCAGCACAGCAACCUCACCGGCAGCCAGCCAAUGUACGCCAUCCGUGACAGCGCUGUCCUUCGAGAACUUCGACGAGGAACUCUGGUACCCCGGAACGGCGUGCUCAUCUGCAAGCAGCAUUCGACGAGGUUGCAGAAGGUCGAUGCGCAUCCGCGGAAACACCAUGCGAUCAGAGGCAGCGACAGGCGUGGGCUUGUACGGUUCUGCAGUCGCUAUUGUAUUGCGGCAUUGUCGGCUAUCGCGCUAA